UGACGACUUCAACUCUGGUGCUUGUUCGAAAAAGGCUUGAUUUCAGAUCAUCUACAGGCCAAGUAUGAAUUCAGUAAUCAUUGAAAGUGCCCGUAUUGAAUUCUGAACAGUGGGGCUUCGUAAGGACUAGCGAAGCAGAUGCCUUCUUCCGUAAAUCAGAUUCACCUUCCGCCGAACGAUAAUGGACGAUGUAACCUGGAGUGGCUCUUCCUGAACUCACAUACAUACAAUUCGGAGAUCUGCCAGGUUUCGAGGUAGCGGAGAAUAAUCGAGGAAUUACUGAUAGUUACCUUAUCUAACAGCAGUCUAAGGUGUCCAAUCCACCCAGCCUACAGCGAACGGAUGGGCUGGAAAUGCUUCCCACUCUGAUCCUCGACUCCCAUAUCCACCUAUGGCCUUCCCACGCGGCCUCCCCACUCCCUCACCCCUGGAUGGAACCCCCAUCAUCGGACGCCAAACAUAUACUGGCCUUUCCAGCCACCAUUGCAGAGUACCGCUCUGUUAGCAAGGCACAAUCGACGUCCGACUCGUCGUACAUCGUCGUCGGCGCCAUAUACAUAGAAACGGAUAGAACUGAAGGCCCCAGGGGUCUGCCAGACGACAACAUUGAUGGCUGGGCGACGGAGAAGCUUGCCGAGAUUGCCGAUGUGAGGGCAAUGAUUGAGCUCGAAGAGGAGGAAGCCGGUAGUGGCAACGGGACAGUGCAAGGAAUGGUCAUUUGGGGACCGAUGGAUCGUGGAGAAGAGGUCAUGCGUGAUUACUUGGAACGAGCGAAACUGAUUUCAGGAGAGCGGCUAUGGGGGAAAGUCUGUGGAGUACGGUUGCUGCUCCAAGCCGCCACCGAGCCGGAAGCCCUGCAGCGGAUGCAGACUGACAGGGGGAGUUUUGAAAGUUCUCUGUUAGAACUUGGAAGGCAGGGGCUGGCUUUCGAUAUAGGCGUCGAUUCGAGGAGUGUCGGUGUCUGGCAGAUGGAAAUGGUCGUCGAGAUGAUGAGGAAAGUCAAUGCGGCAGCUGAAAAGGGAGGAGAGAAGAGGGUGACGUUCGUAUUGAACCAUCUGUGCAAAGCUGAUAUGGAAAACAGCGCGGAAGAAUGGGAUAAGGAGGACCAGGCGUUCCAAAAAUGGAGCAAAUUCAUGCGCGCUUUUGCAGCAUUCCUCAACACGUACCUGAAGUUAUCGGGCGCCUUUUCUGACAUGCGACCACAAGACGCCCAGAAUAUACAGCCGGCCCAGAUUAUGUCCCAUAUGAAGCCGUGGUUAGAUGUCAUAUUUGACUCCUUCAGACCGCGAAGGAUUAUGUUCGGCAGUGACUGGCCUGUCUGCACCGUCCGAGGACCAGGAUUGGAACAGUCCUGGCGGCACCGGAGGAAUGUGGUGGAACUGAUUGUCGAGCGAUACACUGCCUCCGAGAACGAAAGGGAAAAAAUAUGGAUCGGCACAGCUACUGAAGCAUAUCGCCUGAAAAAUGAUUCUUGGCUUGAAAAGACUAAUCCGUGACAGUCUUACACUUAUUGAAGGUUGACAAAUAGUCCUCCAUCUACAAGAAGUUGUGCU